CGGCAAAGGUGUUGGCCCGUGCACCCCUGAUCCCUCCACGGCCCGCAAUUUGAUUAAGUUAACCUCCAUCCAGCCUCCAGCCUCAGCUCACAUGAUCUUCCCUCUCUCUCGCUCUUCAGCACCAGCCAUCGACAAGCACCACAGACCUGACACAGAUCCAUCUUUCAUAUCAAGCGCUCGUCACGUUUUCGGGCACGUUCUUCACAUGACCUCGCCCUUGGACCCAACCACAGACAGCGUACCACCAACCUCACAACCCACCAUGGCAGCGACAGUUGGUGUGCAGCAGCCCGAUAUUUCCGAGGCUUCAACGAGCCCUGGCCAAAAGCGGAAACGCGCAGCCGAGUCUGCCUCGCCAGAUUCGCGCCGCGCUAAGCGUGGUGCUCCUAACUCCUCCAUGUCGGUGCCGGAAUCUGAGGCCCAGCCUUUCCUCGGAGAUACUGUGAGCAUUGCACAAGCAGCCCAUGACCACGUCAACGUGGAGGAUUUCAGCGCUCUCGCUCAGGCUACCGCCUCUGAGCACAACGAUACGGCUGAUACCUCCAAUGCCUCGAGUACUGCUGCGGCGGCGUUGAAUAUGUAUCCAUCGCUGCAUGUUCCUCAGUCCACCGAGGAGGCAUUUGCAAACCAGCCGACGCCGGAGACACAUCACGAAGAAAACACCUUCAGCGGCCAUGCGGUCAACCAGCCCCCUCCAGACGGUCUGCCGUUGCCUCCUCCCCCUUCCACCAUCCAGCAACCGCCGUCGAACGGGGUACAGCAGGAGCAGCGUUAUAGCGCUCCGCCCAACACAAAGCCCGCAGUUGGCUCCGAGGAGUGGCACAAGAUGCGCAAAGACAACCACAAAGAAGUCGAGCGUCGCCGGCGGGAGACCAUCAACGAGGGCAUCAACGAGCUGGCCAAGAUCGUCCCCGGCUGCGAGAAGAACAAGGGCUCUAUCCUCCAGCGGGCGGUGGCGUUCAUCACCCAGCUGAAGGAGAAUGAAACGCAGAACAUUGAGAAGUGGACAUUGGAGAAGCUGCUCACGGAGCAGGCGAUUGCUGAGCUCAGCCAAUCUAACGAUAAGCUCAAGCAGGAGUGCGAGCGCCUUUACAGGGAGUUGGAUACAUGGAAGCAGAUUGCGCAGAGUGCCGGCUUGCAGUUGCCACAGCACAAGGAGGAGCCAGGGUCAAGCAGCUAAGCCGCGUAUAAUAGCUGGUCGUCCAGUCGGACCGACCGACGAGGCUCGGUGUCGGAACCAGUUGGAGCCGCCGUUCGGACUGGAAGCUGCCGAGCAUGCCUUCUUGAGCUGGGCCCUCUACCGGCUGCCGGAACUGAUACCGUGGCUUUAGCAGUAGCUUGAGGAUAUACCCGGUGAUUC